ACUAAGACCGCAAGGCAUUCAUUUCCUCCUACGGUGGAUGCGGACGCCGGGAGGAGGAGAACCCCAGAGAGAGGAGCUGGGAGCCGAGGCGCAGAGAACACGUAGCGACUCCGAAGAUCAGCCCCAAUGAACAUGUCAGUGUUGACUUUACAAGAAUAUGAAUUCGAAAAGCAGUUCAACGAGAACGAAGCCAUCCAAUGGAUGCAGGAGAACUGGAAAAAAUCGUUCCUGUUUUCUGCUCUGUACGCUGCCUUUAUAUUUGGUGGUCGACACCUAAUGAACAAACGGGCCAAGUUUGAACUGAGGAAGCCGCUCGUGCUCUGGUCUCUGACACUCGCAGUCUUCAGUAUAUUUGGUGCUCUUCGAACUGGUGCUUAUAUGGUGUACAUUUUGAUGACCAAAGGCCUGAAGCAGUCAGUUUGUGACCAGAGUUUUUACAUUGGACCUGUCAGCAAAUUCUGGGCUUAUGCAUUUGUGCUAAGCAAAGCACCGGAACUAGGAGAUACGAUAUUCAUUAUUCUGAGGAAGCAGAAGCUGAUCUUCCUGCACUGGUAUCACCACAUCACUGUGCUCCUGUACUCCUGGUACUCCUACAAAGACAUGGUUGCCGGAGGAGGUUGGUUCAUGACUAUGAACUACAGCGUGCACGCCGUCAUGUACUCCUACUACGCCUUGCGGGCUGCGGGGUUCCGAGUCUCCCGGAAGUUCGCCAUGUUCAUCACCUUGUCGCAGAUCACGCAGAUGCUGAUGGGCUGUGUCAUUAAUUACCUGGUCUUCUCCUGGAUGCAGCAUGACCAGUGUCACUCUCACUUUCAGAACAUCUUCUGGUCCUCGCUCAUGUACCUCAGCUACCUUGUGCUCUUCUGCCAUUUCUUCUUUGAGGCCUACAUCGGCAAGAUGAGGAAAACAGCGAAGGCUGAGUAGUGUCGGGACUGAGGAGGAAGCCAUAGCUCAGGGUCAUCAAGAAAAAUAACAGACAAAAGAAAAUGGCACAAGGAAUCACAUAUGGUGCAGCUAAAACAAAACAAAACAUAAGGAGCAAACACAAACCCAGGGCAGCUUAGGGAUAACUAGGUUGACUGAACCCAGUAAGUUUAUGACCCUUUUUGGGUGAGGACUCACUGUGUGCACCUCCAUCUCAAAGCACCUGCUGGGAGACACACCCCCUUCUUUAUCUGUCAACUCUAUGACAAAGGACAGCAAGCAGGAGCCAGAGGCAGAGAGACACUAGUAGAAGGCAAGCAAAGGCUACUCUGAUAUGAAAAGACACCUUUACUAAGUGUUAUAUUUCUCUAAAGAUGAAAGAAUUUUACUUUAAAAACUGUGCGAGCACACACACACACACACACACACACAAUCCUUUCUAAUUUCUAAUCAACACCAACCUGGAGCCAAUAGAAAAGAUGAAAAGGAAAGAGACACAGAGAGUAAGUGUAUCUAGACGGAUAAUGCUUUUGUAGAAACUAAGGCCUUUUUAAGAAAGGUGAGUCAUUGUAGCCCCAUGAGAAAAGAUGUCUUAAUCAUCUUAAUCCUUUAUAAAAACAGAUGUAAACAAUUAUAUUUCCACUUAAAAAAAAAAAUGAGGACUAUUCACUGCAUAGCUUCGGUGAGUUGGUCAAAAGGAAAAGGGGCACAAUACUUCCCCAAGGCUCUUCUGGGAGGAUGGAAACAGGGCAGCCCAGGUCCCAAAGGGGCAGCUCCAUCCCAGAGCAUUUCUGAUAGUUGAGCUAGGCUUUCUACUCUUAAACAAGACAGGAAGGAAUAUCCUUUCGUUCAAUGGCCCCAGGCUUUUGAACGGAAGGGUAAAUGCAGAAUCGAAAAGAUAAAAACACAUCCAAAUGAUUGGAAAAUGGAUUCUGUACUAUCUGAACAAAGACCCAGCCCAGUACUACCCCUGAGCUGGGAAAGGGAGAGAAACAGUGGAGAAAGAGGUGAGCCGCCCAUCAAGUCCAUAGCCAAUGUACUAACCCCUCUCUAUUUGACUUCAUAAAUACUCCUAAUUUUCCAAAUGAAACCCUGUGGGACAGUAUAUUUUCUAUAUUUUUGUGAAUUUCAAAAAGAAAUCUGCAGGGCUCUUCUUGAUACUGGGUUAACACUGUGUUUCCGCAUCAUCUGCAUUUGCUCCCCAAGCAAUGUAGAGGUGUUUAAAGUGCCCUCUGCUGGCUGAGUGGAGAUACUUCAACAAACACACUUCAUGGCAAGUUUGGCUGAGAGUUGACAACAAAGGGCCCCGAUAGACUUAACCCCCUCAAAUUUUAAAUGACGUAAAAUACUUGUCAUACUUUAGCCAAAUCAGAAGAUAUCCAUCCUGCUUCAAGUCAGCUUCAGAAAUUCUUUAAAAGGGACUUAGCUCUGGAACUCAAAAAUCAAUUUAUUAAGAGCCAUAUUCUUUUAAAAAACAAAAAGCUAGGUAAUAUCAUCUGUAAUAUUUCAGUCCUUUAUAAGCCAAAUAAAUGUGUCAAUGUUCCUAGUAUUUCAAAGAAGCAACUGUAAAGUUGUUCAAUGUGACAUAAUAGUAUUAUAAUUGGUUAAGUAGCUUAACAAUUAGGUAAACUAGAUGAAAGAUUAGGGGCUAUCACACUGCAUAGAUUAUACACACCUAACCACACAUCCAUGCACACAAAAAUGUGGGGGACACUGAACUUCAGAUCCCAAAUACAUAGAAACAUUUUCUGGCUAGCAGAAAAAGAAACUAUUGUUUAUCUUUCUUGCUUUAUUUGAGAGUGUACAGUAAAAGGGAUUUUUCAAAUUAUUUUUAUAUUGUUUUAGCUUUAAUCGUGCUGUCAUUCAUGAAACAGAGCUGCUCUGCUUUUCUGUCAGAGAUGGCAAGGGCUUUUUCAGUGUUUCGUUUAUGUGUGGAAUUUAAAAAGAAUAAAGUUUUAUUCCAUUCUGUGUGAAUGGUUUGAACCACGAACAAGCAUCUGUGCAAACCACAUCAUGACUGGAGUAACUGGGAAGGGAGCCGUUACGUUUGUGUUACGUUAUCGUGACUAGUCUAGGAUGUCUCGACACAAUUGGUAGAGGAAUGUAUUAUUGUUGGGGGGAAACUGACCUGAGCUGAAAUGAUAGAUCCUGCUAGAACAACCAGUAGGUUCUUAGGAUACAAAUAAUGUUAUUUUUGAGCUUUGCCAAUAAGGAAUACUGUGCAAUAAGCCUUUUUUCCCUCAUCACAAAAAAUGAGCAGAAUAAUUAAAAUGAGGAAAAGGCCACACAAAUAAGUUAACUUGAGUUUAACUGAAGGACCCAUUGGAGGCUCACCUGGUUGCUUAAUUAUUUAAGUCAGUAAUUUAUCAUAGAUCUCUUAAUGCAGGUUAGAAUUUUAAAAAUGAGCAGAAACCUUAAAAAGACUCAACAUGAUGUUUCCAAAGCACUUUUCAUCAUGGUAUUAGGUUUGUGUUUGUAAGAUAAUUUAGAAUUUUUGUUUACAAGUUGAAUGUUGAAUAAGUAGCUUUUAAAUUAGAUAACUAUAUCUACAGCCAUCCCCUGCGUUUAUCAUGGAAGGAAAAAAGCCACAUAUUUUGGGAAAAAAAUUCUGGUAUUACAGCUUUGGUACUGUUUUUAACAUCCCAGCUGAGCUGCUUUAAUUACAUCAAGAUAUGAGGCUGGAUCACUAGCCCAUGACAAAUCUGAAACCUACCAGAGAAUUGACUGCCACAGAAAUAAUCUUGCUGUCAACUAACAUUCCAGAGAAACUUGGACAGGCAAGUUUUUACAGCUGCCCCACUAUGCUGCAAUAGAUUCUCUCUCUAUUGAAGAUUUUCCACUGCAUUCCAGUCCCAUUGUGGUGUAAACAUCACUCUUAGAUUGACAAAAAACCCAAAUUCUUGAUUUCAUACAAAUUCGAUAUCUCGCUCUGUAUACACACACACACAAAUGUUUACAUGCACAUAUAUAUACACAUACAACUUCAUACACAAGAUCUAAGCAUCAACUUAAGUCCGUGAGUUUGCAAUGAAAUUCUAGUGAGAAAUGCUCUCUAGUCAUAGAGCAGGGGUGGGGUGUUUAUCUGGACCUUCUAUUUUUGCUUAUGUGAAAGAAACAACUACUGAUUUAUUUAUAUCCAAUGCCAGGCCAGAGUACCAAAUUGAAAUCAUUGACUGAGGCUAUUAUUCCAGGUAAUUUACUCCCAUCUUUCUCAUCAUAUUACACUACAAAAAUAAGGGACAGGUGUGAAUACAUUACAUGCAUAUGACUAGAGCAAAAGGAAAGGACUGAUUGUGCCCUCCUUACGUGUGUACAGAGACUAAUGUGUCUGAACUGAGUGGGGUUUUGCAGCAUUGAAUGGAAAGGCAGUAGGGACCCAGGAGGGCCCUUUAAAAAGACCAACAGGAUUUUUUUUUCUUAAAUAAGUAUCUUUAUAAGAUAACACUUGUUACAUCAGAGUAUGACAGCCCCUGAAGUCAGCCACUGGAGUAGAAUGUUCUAGAAGUCUAGCCAUAGUCCCAGUUUGUUUGAUUACCUGGAAGAGGCAACAUGCUCAGGUUACUAUCUGUUAUUUAUUCUGGAAGAACAGCCUCACCCAGAGACUAGUAUGUGUCACACAGCAGUUAGUUAGACACACAUUCUGAGGGUAUUUUUCCCUGUUUGAGUAACAAUGAUUGGACAAAAACUAUUUGAAGAAAGCUAUUAGGAGAGUGCCGAAGAACAAAUAGACUUUGCUUCCCAGACCUCAGAGUUUGCAGUUAUGUGUUUAUGGUCCAUCUCUAAAAUUUCUCUGAAGAAGUUUCCACCUAGAAACUGUCAGAGUUUUAUGAUGAAAGCCCAGAACUUUCUAGUGAUCAAAUGUAGUGUCUUUCCAUUUUUUGUAUUUAAUAAUAAAUAUUUUGCUGUCAGUGGGGUGAUAGCAGAGCCCUAUGUUUAUGCUGGAAGUCCUGGUCACCUACAGCUUUUUAAAGUUGUUCUUUUGCCCCUUUAUAUACUCUUGAUUCUUUGUGCCUCAGAACCAUUGCCACCGGGAAGAAAUUUAGCUCAGAAUGCACCACAACCUUGGCCUGUAGCGCAUACAUAUUGGAGGAAGAGCCCAUGAAGCACCCUUCCCUGUUUUGUUCUGACAAUCAGUAUGAAGUGGUAGGUCCCUGUUUAUCAGUGAGCCAACGGCCUUGGGACGCUGAUGCCCAGAACUCCCGCAAAGCGAGUGUCAGUGCAGUCACAGCAUUUUCUUGAACUUUGUUGGGUCAUUCUCCAAUUGCAAACAUCUGUGGGCCAUAUGGCAGAAUUCAUAGCUGAAGAGGCCAGUUAAGUACACCUGUGCAGAGCAUCGAAAAAUUUUUACAAGCCUGUUGAAUCACCAAGUUCCUUGCCUCAUCCUCAGAUCCCAUGAAAAUUCAGGGCUCACAAAAGAGGCAGGGCUUCCCGAGUUACACUUUAAAGAAAGUGACACAGAAGUUGCACUAGCGGUAAGACAGAUGGUGGGAGCACAUGCAGGAGUGGGCUGGGGAGGCCUCAAAAAUGGCCCUUUGAUUUGAGGUCAGGCAGGCAAAAGGUUGUGAUCAGAUUAUCUUUCACGGGAAGCCCCAACCCACACCCGCACUGUGGGAAAUGCCUCCUGAAGGAACCGGUUAAAUUAAAGCGUGGUCCCGUAAGACAGGGUCAAGCCACAUUUGCAACCCAGAAUUAAAAAGUCCUGACUCGUGUUAAUGUAUUUAAAUGAUGUUAUUUUCCCAAUGUUUGGUGGCACUGGAGGCUUUUUCUCAUAGUGGACAAAAAUCCAUAUGGCUACAGAAGUCCUAAUAGCAUUCCUGGACGUGUUUGUUGUGAACAGGUCUGCCUGUCUAGGGUCGUGCAGGCAGGAGGUUGUUUGCUGCUACCUUGAAAACCACUGGAAGAUUCUGCUUCUUAGGGACCCUAAAGCCGAAGUUCAUACGGAAGCCCACCCAUACACAGCUCACAGAGCAAAUCACAGCAGUGUUGAAAUUGUUACUUUCAAGUGCUUAUUUCACAACAUUAAAAAUAUUUUUCCUGGUGUAUUAAAAUUAAAAAUAAAAUCAUAACUUUUAUUUAAAAUCAAAA